AUGUGCAACUCCUGUUGUGGAUCCUGCCGCUCUGGCCAGGGCUGUGGCUGCUGCCAGCCCAGGUGCUGCCAGACCACCUGCUGCAGGACCACCUGCUGCCGCCCCAGCUGCUGCUGCAGCUCCUGCUGUGGUGGUGGCUGUGGUGGGUGUGGUGGCUGCGGCUCCUGCUGCUGUCGCCCCACCUGCUGCCAGACCACCUGCUGCAGGACCACCUGCUGCCGCCCCAGUUGCUGCUGUAGCCCCUGCUGUGGUGGUUGUGGUGGCUGUUGUGGCUCCAGUGGCUGUGGUGGGUGCAGUGGCUGUGGCUCCUGCUGCUGCCGCCCCACCUGCCUCCAGACCACCUGCUGUAGGACCACCUGCUGCCGCCCCUGCUGCUGUGUGUCCAGCUGCUGCCGCCCAAGCUGCUGCUGCUAG